CCCAGAUUUAUUCCCGUCGAAGCUGCGGUGGUACUCCGGCCAGCACCCACCUCGUCCCUCCUCCCACUUGCGUCAUCAUCUCCACAGCCACCAGCCCCUUUUACACUCUUGGUCCCGAACCCACGAACCCAUCCCCUCCGCUUGGUCCCGACGCUGAACCCACCCACAUUUCAGCCAUAUCGUCGAGCCCACGUCGCCGGAGCCCAAGGUUUACAACACCUAAGACCCCACACUCCCCUUGCAAGCCCGAUACCCUAGCCCAAGAUGUCACUCCUCAUGCUUCCUACUGAAAGGCAUUAUCCAGCAAAGGCUGCGUAUAGGGGAGGGAGCAUUAUGAGUACAAUAAUAGCGAAGUUCACGACAUUUGACUUGUUGGAACGAGCGAAACAGUCACCAUUCAAGCAAUUCUUCUUAGCUCCGCCUCUAUAAUAUUCUGGAGUUAUUAUUCACCGGUUACUGCUUAGGAGAGUUGUUGGUAGAGGAAAGAACGAAUAUUGCUUGAAUUUUAAUAUUUGUGGUCAGAAUACAAGGUUUGGAAUUAGUGAAUUUGGUUUGAUCACUGGAUUGAAUUGUGGAAUUUCUCCGGAUCAGGCAAAGUAUAAAGAAAUGACCAAGAGUAAAAGACUUCUCCAGACAUACUUGAACAAUAAAGAAUGUUUGUCUUCUGAAGAGUUGGAAGAUGGAUUCAAAAGGUGCGAUGUGAAAGAAGACGUAUGGAAAUUAGGUCUAUGUUUUUUGGUAGACUCUCUUUUAUUAUCUAGUGAACCAAAGAAGAAAUGCUUUAUUGAUGUCCUUUCCAUGGUGGAAAAUGAAAAUGACUUCUUCAACUAUCCUUGGGGGAGAUUAUCGUACGAGAAGACAUUAUUUGGCUUGACAAAAGAUAUGGAAAGGCUAAGGAAUAAAUACUUGAAGAAUGUUGAGCAAAAGAGAAAAAGACCAGCACCUCAGUACACAAUUUAUGGUUAUGCCAUUGCUCUGCAAUAUUGGGCCUAUGAAAUUUUCACAAAGUUAUCUGCAUUUGCUGAUCAACAACCCCUUGCCUUUCCAAGAAUGCUUAGCUGGUCAGCGCAUAAAAUGCUGAAAGAGAAAGAUAUUGAAGGUGUAUUUAAGAAAAAAAGUAAUCUUGUGAAGGCCAUGCUCAAUCCAAGACCCGAAGAGAAAGAAUUUCAUGACUCUAUUAUUCAAGGACCAGAUGAACUACUCAUGGGACGUGUUAUUAACUUUGUAGACGAUGAUGUGGAAUUGGAGUUUGAAAGGGAAGAACGUGAGGAAUCUCCCACAAAGCUCGAUGUAGCAGAUGGGCAUCGUCACGAGCAAGACAAGAAAGAGAUACCAACUCCAAUUAACACCCACCAUGAAAAGAUGUUAGCUGAUAUUGACACUUUGAAAAGUAACCAACAAAGAAUGGAGGAGAAGUUGGAUUAUCUAAUUGAAUUAGUGCUCUCGCAACGUAAAGGUAGUGAUUCUGAGGAUUCAUUAUCAGAUGAGCAUCUUGCUUCACCACACCAUACAUUUAUUAUGGAGCACGUUGUUGGAGAAGAUAGCCCUAGCUGUAAGGUGGUAUCUCCUGGAGAUAUGGCUGGGGUGUAA